UCCGUGGUGUCCGUGGUGUCCGUGUCGGUGUCCGUCCCGUCGGGCGUCCCGUCGGACAGCGUGGUGUGGGCCGUCAACGCGGGCGGCGAGGCGCAUGUGGACGUGCACGGCAUACACUUCCGCAAGGACCCGCUCGAGGGGCGCGUCGGACGAGCCUCGGACUACGGUAUGAAGCUGCCCAUCCUGCGCUCCAACCCCGAGGACCAAAUCCUCUACCAGACGGAGCGCUACAACGAGGAGACCUUCGGCUACGAGGUUCCCAUCAAGGAGGAGGGCGACUACGUGCUGGUGUUGAAGUUCGCCGAGGUGUAUUUUGCCCAGUCGCAGCAGAAGGUGUUUGACGUGCGCUUGAACGGCCACGUGGUGGUGAAGGACUUGGACAUCUUUGACAGAGUCGGGCACAGCACGGCUCAUGACGAGAUCAUCCCCAUCAGCAUCAAGAAGGGGAAGCUGAGCGUCCAGGGAGAGGUGUCCACCUUCACUGGGAAACUCUACAUCGAGUUCGUCAAGGGGUACUAUGACAAUCCCAAAGUGUGUGCUUUAUACAUCAUGGCGGGGACAGUGGAUGAGGUGCCCAAGCUGCAGCCUCACCCUGGCCUGGAGAAGAAGGAAGAGGAGGAGGACGAAGAGGAAUACGAAGAGGGCUCCAGCGUCAAAAAGCAGGCCAAUAAGAACCGAGUCCAGUCGGGCCCCCGCACCCCGAACCCGUACGCCUCUGACAACAGCAGCCUCAUGUUCCCCAUUCUCGUGGCCUUUGGUGUCUUCAUUCCGACCCUCUUCUGCCUGUGCCGGUUGUGAGAGCGAGCACCAUCUCGGGGGGCGGGAGGGAAGGGCAUAGGAAGGAGUUAGACCAAACGUGGUUGGUUUGGGUCUCUCCAUAUUUUUCAUAAUUAUGAACAAAAAAAGUUUAAAAAAAAAAAAGCAGCAGCAGCAGCAGCAGGGCAGGGGGCACAGUGAGUAGUGGGCACU